CAUCACUUUGAAGAAAUGGCGUCUGCUGCUCUUCGUUCAGGGCGGAAAGUUCUCUGCAAAUCGCCCUUAAUUCGGCGGUUUUAUUCUAAACCAGUUUUGUAUGAUCAUGUAAUAGAUCGUCGGAUUAGUAAUCCAGCAAAGGUUCUGACAGAAAGUGACCUAUGGGAGGAUUACAAUUCACUGAAAAGUUACUGCGAGGGUUAUGCUGCAAACCACACAUUUAAAGUCGACCCAAAGACUGUAUUUGCCAACAACGAAGUAAGCUUGGACGAUAUUGAGGUGUAUGGUUUUGACUAUGAUUACACGCUGGCUUGUUACAACGAUGCAUUACAUCAUCUCAUCUAUAAACAGGCUCUUGACAAUCUGAUCCUGAAGAAAAAAUUUCCGCCUGGUAUCCAGGAUAUGCCUUACAAUCCAGAUUAUCCAAUCAGAGGACUCCAUUUCGACACACAAAAGGGUGUUCUGUUGAAAGUUGAUGCUUUCCAUCACAUACAGCUUGGUACAGUGAGGAGAGGUUUGCAGGCAGUAAGCAAUGAAGAAGUUAUUGAGAUGUACGGCGGAACCCAUAUACCUGACGAAAUGAUAGUUGAUCGCAGCAUGCAUGGCUAUGAGAAAGGUCUUCGUCAGCUGAUGGAUAUGUUUGCUACAGCUGAGAUGUGUCUUCUCGUCAAUGUCAUAGAGUUUUUAAGGACACGAGGAUUUGACUAUGAUGCUGAAUAUCUCUUUCAUGAUAUUCACAAUGCUGUGAAAGAGGUACAUUACUCCGGAUCAAUGCACACUGAAGUUGCCAACAAUGUCCAUGAAUAUCUUCAGAUGGAUACCGGCAUUCCUGAACUUCUUCAAAGACUGCACGACGCAGGGAAACAACUCUUCCUUAUCACCAAUUCAGAAUUUGCAUUUGUGAAUAGUGGAAUGUCCCACCUCAUUGGAUCUGAUUGGGCUAACCUCUUUGACAUCAUUGUAACUCAGGCCAGGAAACCGCAGUUCUUCAACGAUACCGCAAGGCCUUUCAGAUCAAUCUACAGGAAAACAGGGACACCAUCUUGGGCCAAAGUCACAGAACUCAAGAAAGGAAAGAUAUAUCUUGAGGGCAAUGUAGAGCAGUUUACCCAAUUAACAAACUGGCAUGGAUCAGGUGUGUUGUACUUUGGAGACCAUGUGUACAGUGAUUUGGUCGAGCCAUGUUUGAAGAAUGGCUGGAGGACUGGCGGUAUUAUACCGGAACUCGAUGAUGAGAUCGAGAUCUGCAACUCCCUUCCUUUCAAGAGAGCGGUCAUAUGGCUGAAUGCAUUACAAGAUCUUAUAGAAGCGCACCAGGUACAUGAGUCAGCUGACUGUCGAGCUGUAGUGAAUUCAUGGAUCACUGAGAAAGACCAGCUUAGGAUGACGACCAAGUCUCUGUUCAACCAGCAGUUCGGCAGUGUCUUCCGUACGCACCACAACUACUCCUACUUCACGUCCCGUCUCUGCCGCUUCGCAGACAUCUACAUGUCCUGCGUCGGCAACCUCCGCAACUACUCGUUGACGCACACCUUCUACCCCCGGCGUACGGCCCUACCUCACGAACUUUCGUAUAACUUCACAGUGCAAUGACCCCCAUGCAUAGAUGAACCUAUUAGUAAUGAGGUCGUUAUUGUAGCUGGAAUGUUGCCAGUUUACCGAGGACGAUCUAAUGUUAUCAGUGAAAGCCGUUUGUUCGAAGCGCCUGUAUCAGGUGUAUGUGAUUGGAAAUAGUUGCUUUCAAAGCAAUUUGAGAUCAAGCUUUGGCAAGUUCAACCAUUUCAGUUUAAAGUUAUUUCACAAAGAGUCUUUCCAUGAUUGACGACCCUUUGGAGUAAAACAAAAGAGUAAUAAAAUAUGAUUUUUACUUUUGUGUGUGUUGUAUGUCACUCAUAACAGGUUCUGACUAGUCUGCAGGCACAGACCCUGAUUUAAACUGUUAUCAACAAGUGGGUCUUCACACAAGACUAGCACAUAUAAAAUUUGCUGUUUCAAUUCAUAGCGAAGGGGCCUUCAAUACAUUAUGUAUGCUUUGCUUUCAGACCCCUUUUAAUAAUCGAGUGAAGGGUUUGCACAGCAGACUAGGUUCUGACCACCAGUGAAAUAUGUGUCACACUAGUAUUCUAAUUCUGCAUGGCUAGGGGUUGAUGUCAAAGGUUUUUUUCUUUAAGUCACUGGCGGGUAAAUGUAUUUGAUUGCAUUUACAAAAUACCAUCAGUAUAGAUUUGAUUGCAUUCUCUAUCACCAUCAGAUGGAUAUAUUUGAAUGCAUUUUGUAAAACACCAUCGGAUUGAUGCAAUAUGAAUGCAUAUUUCAUCUCAAUCUGGGUGAUAUAUUUGAAUGCAUUUAAAACUGCAAUCAGGUGAUGUACCUGAAUGCAUUUGAGAUCACCAUAAAAACACAUAUUUAAAUGCAUUAUUAUUUACUGAUUGAAUGAUUUAUUUGGAAUGCAUCUUUUAUAACUUUCAAGGAGAAAUAUUUGAAUACAUUUUACUUGAUAGUUUGUAUUGUGGCAUUGUUUGUGGGCAUGGUGGCUCAGUGUCCACCUCUUGAAUGUGAGGUCAGGUGUUCAAUCCCUGGCCAAGUUAUACCAAAUACUGACAAAUAAUGGACCUUCGAUAUUGGUGUUCUUGUUGGUGCUAUGUCUUUCUUGCAUUGUGUAGUAUAGAUUUGAAGAAAGUAUUACAAACCCUUGACCCUUUUUAAUAUUUUGUAUUCAUAGUUUGUGUACCCAUGCAAUGACUUCCAAUUAUUAGUGUGUUGGUAUUGAUUUAAUCAUUUCACCAUGGAAGUCUCUGUAUAUUGGGGUGUGGUGUACAAAGAC